AUGUAUCGAGCAUCUCCAUUAUUAAAAAGUUUUUAAAAUCUGAACUUCUUGAUGAGUCUGAAUUUGAAGUAGAACAACCAAAUGAGUAAAACAAAAAACCUUAAUAGUUCAAUUUCAAUUUAUUGCUUGAAUAGAAAAAUGAUUAAAACUGUUAAAAAAAAUAAUUAGAUUCUUAAGAUAAUAAAGACCUAAAUUAUUUAAUUGAUGAAUUAAGAUUAGAGUAAAAGAAUUUCUAAGCAGAAUUAGAACAUUUAUAAAGUUAAUUUAUAUAAGAAAUAAAUUUUUUAAUGUAGAAAGUUUUCAAUUAACACUAAUUGUUUUAUAAACAAUAAGAAUAUCAAUUAUCUUUAAUACAAUAAAAGAGAUAAAGAUUAUAAUUACAAUCACCUUAACAAUCAUAUACUCUAUUGUAUCAAAUAAAUCCAAAUUUAUAAAUAUAUUAGAAAUUUAAUAAAGACCUAAAAAAUAGUUUAGUAAAAUUAUUGCAAAAUAUUAAAACAACUAAAAUUUGUUAAGAAAUAUUUAAUGCAUAAGAAUAGUCAUAUCAAUCUCAAACAUCAAGAUCCCCUCUUGCUUAAUUAAAUAAAUUAUUUUCUAGGUAAGGAUCUAUGGAAAAGAAAUAAACAUUUGCCAACAAAAUAAAUAAUACGAAUAUGAAACUAAAUUUAGUAAUGCCAAUGAAAAGAGAUACUUAAUCUUUUUGGAAUCAACCAAGUGAAAGAAAGUGUAGUAUUACUUCUAAAAUAAGUUCAAGUCCUUUUGAGAAAAGAGAAAAAUAUCUAGUUUAAUAAGCUUUAUUCAAACAAUCAUCUGAUUUCCUAAAAUUUAAAUGUUGA